GCAAUCUCAAAGCUCUCAAAUCUCAAAAUGUCUACACUUCUUUCUCUCACUCCCAUCCCUCCAAAGGCCAUCACCAAUUCCAUUUCCGAGCACCUCAUCUUUCUUAAACCCAACUCUCUUUCAAGAAGGCUUCUGUUCUUCACCUCCUUUUUUUCUCUGAACUCGUUUCCCUACCCUGCCCUUCAAAACCCUCUUCCGAAAUCAUCUGCUGAGUCACCUCAACCCCCGUCUCCAUCAUCAAAUCCGUUUCUUUCAGGCAUUGCCAACACCAAGUCUUGGAUCCAGUUCUACGGAGAUGGUUUUGCUAUUCGGGUCCCACCUCAGUUUCAGGACACAUUGGAGCCUGAGGAAUUCAAUGUUGGGUUGCAACUGUACGGUGAUAAAGCUAAACCAAAAAUUCUUGCUGCACGUUUUGCGUCUCCCGAUGGAUCUGAAGUUGUUAGCGUUUUGAUUCGCCCAACUACUCAACUCAAGAUUACCUUCUUGGAGGCUCAGGACAUAAGCGACUUAGGUUCAUUGAAGCAAGCAGCUAAGAUAUUUGUUCCUGGUGGAGCUACUCUUUAUUCUGCCCACACAAUCAAAAUUAAGGAAGAUGAAGGCUUUAGGACCUAUUACUUUUAUGAGUUUGGACGAGAUGAACAACACAUUGCACUGGUAGCAGCCGUUAACAGUGGAAAGGCAUUCAUUGUUGGAGCAACAGCCCCAGAGGACAAAUGGAAUGACGACGGUAUCAAGCUUCGAUCUGCUGCUGUGUCACUCGCUGUUCUAUGAUCUGAUGAAAGAAGAGACACUCACAUUGCUGUGUAUGAUCCAUAGAAGCGCCAAAUUGUCAAUUCUUGGUACUUAGGCAAAUAUUUUUUUUUUCAAAAUUGGGAUUCCUUAAUGUUAUUUCAGUUUGUUCCCUUUUAUACUGACACGUCAGGAAACUUUUUAUACUAAGACAUCAGUAAAUGCUCUCAAAGAAGGAAGAUUUGGCCACAAUAUUCCUAUCUAUGCUCCAUUCUCUUUUAAUGAUUUCAAUCAUCUAUUAUUUUUGUGUACUUCUGUUUCUAGAUGAGGCUAUCCGGUUAUGUACCCCUGCUUCCUAACUGUACUGUACAUGUAAUUCGGAAGGCUUGCUAAAUUGUAUGUCCAUAUUUGUGUA